GACAUCUAGGAAGAUGUGCAAAGGUCAGUGCUGGCUAUUUUCCAUGUUAAGCUACAUGUUUUUAUUUCUUUCCAUCAUUGUAUUUAAAUGUAUCUACAUUCUCUUACAUCCUGGAUGGUGAUUUUAGAGUUGCUUUGCCAGACCUACAGUCAAUCUACACAUCACCUGUGGUCUCGUGGCAUGAUGAGUGAUUGUGCAGCUUGUAGGCUCGUUGAUUGUGUCAGUCCUUUGCUGUUAAUUGCUGCCUAACACGUGGUCAGGCAAGUUGUGUGAACCAGGAGCCUAUUUCUGCACCCUUAAUUCCCAUUUGUAUUUCCAUGGAACAGGAUGAUACUACUCAUGUGUCUGAGACCCACAGGGUAGGACUAGAAGGCUAUUAAAUAUGCGGACAUAGCAAAAAUGUUGCAUUGUUAAUUUUGAAAACCAAAUAUUGGUAUUCAUCGUGAAAUAUUCAAACAGUUCCUUAGACAUGUUAGCAAUCUAGGGGGAAAUUUAUUUUCCAUGUAUUAAUUAGGAAAAUGCAGAUACCCUUUAGGCAAGAUUGAUUAUUGUGAAGAAAAAAGAGAAUUUUUUUGCUUUGCCUGUUUCUUUUGUUUUUUUAAAGAAGCAUAGCUAAAAGCAUAAAGCAUCAUUUUACCUUCUGGCACUUGUCCAAAAAUUGCUGAAAACCCAAGGUGGAUUAAGGGCAGGCUUUUUUUCAUAGCUAGAUGAAGAUGUGACGUUACUUCAUGCUUUCCAGUUUGUUUGUGUUCUUUGUGCCUUGACAAAGGCGCCCAAGGCAGUCCUGCAGUGGAAUCUGGACUUUCCGACUGUCGGGGAUAAAGGCAAUUUGAAUAUCUCUUUUUGUCACUUCAAGGUUUUUUCUUUAGUCUCUCUCUGUAAUCAAAAGUAACACUGCACGCCAGGACAGCUUGUGUCUGAGCAAGUGGAUGGUGUUACUGUACCACCCUUAAGCCAGAGUGUCUGUGGGGGAGGCAUGCUCUGAACUACAUCUCCCAGCAGCCCGUGCUCGCUGCCUGAAGGAAGCUGUCACAGUGGUUCCUCCUGGACUUUGAGCAGGGAUUUUAAGUCUGAGAGCGACAGUGUCCUGAGGAUCCUGUUUCACGCAGCCCUCUGUCUUGCCACAAAAAAGGGCAGCUCCUCUCCCUGGCAGGAGAGCUGGGAUGGCGGUGCGGGUGACGGUUUUGCCUUCCCACAGGUGUCUGUUCGAUGACCCUGUGCAGAUCUGCGUGGCAGGGCUCCUGCCGCAGCAGGUGGUCACGCUCCGAGCCAGCCUGGUGGAUGAGAGCGGGGAGCUUUUCCAAGCCCACGCUCACUAUAGAGCUGGGAGCAAUGGAGAGCUCGACCUCAGCCACUCCCCAGCACUGGGGGGGAGCUAUUCUGGAGUGGAGCCGAUGGGGCUGCUCUGGUCUCUGCAGUCUAAAGCGCCCUAUAAGCGGCUGGCAAAGAGGAACGUCCUUACCCCUUUCUAUGUGGAAUUUGAAGUGUAUGAGGGCCACAUGGAGACAAGCUGCUUGCUGGGAAAAUGCACCAAUGAACGAUGGUUUUUAGGAGAGGGGGUGAAGAGGAUUUCGGUCAGAGAAGGUCGUCUGAAAGCAACCCUCUUCCUCCCUCCUGGACCUGGUCCAUUCCCCGGACUUAUUGAUUUGUAUGGAUCUGGAGGAGGUCUUGUGGAAUACAGAGCAAGUCUCCUGGCUAGCAGAGGCUUUGUGACUCUGGCUCUUGCUUAUAUGGCCUUUGAAGAUCUCCCUGCUAUGCCAGAGAUUCUUGAGCUGGGCUAUUUUGAGGAAGCUGUAAACUUUUUGCGGAAGCAGCAGCAGGUGAAAGACACUGGGAUUGGCGUUUUGGGCUUGUCUAAAGGAGCUGAUCUAGCCCUUUCCAUGGCCACAUUUCUACCUGGCAUCAAGGCAGCUGUCAGCAUAUCUGGAAGUGGUUUUAAUUCUUUCAUUCCCCUGCAGGGGGAUGGCUUCACUGUUCCUCCCCACCCAUAUGAUUUGAGGAGGAUGAAGACCGAUGAUAAAUCUGGCCUAGUAGAUUUUUCAGAUAUCCUAGAUGAUCACAGGGACCCAGCGACUUGGCAUUGCCGCAUUCCAAUGGAGAGGUCCUUGGCCAAGUUCCUCUUCCUGUCAGGACUGGAUGACACAAACUGGAAAAGUGACCUCUAUUGCAGGGAUGCUGUUCAGCGCCUUCAGCAGCAUGGACGGGAAGUGGAGUUUUGCUCCUAUUCUGGAGCAGGACACCUCCUGGAGCCACCAUACUUGCCUCUGUGCCAGGCUUCAAUCCACAAAGUGCUUGGGGUGUUUGUGCAUUGGGGAGGGCAAUGGAGGGAGCAUGCCAAAGCCCAAGAAGAUGCAUGGCACAGGAUACAGGCCUUUUUCUGGCAACAUUUGAUGGACUCAGACGUCCCUAAGAGCAAGCUGUAGUGGAAGCUGUCAAAGAUGCUGACCAGGGUUGGUAUUUUGGCUCUCACUGAAUCUUGGAAACUCAUCCAGAGUUUCCUGCCCUGCUUUCCUCUGAACCCCACUGUUGCACAAUUGUUUCUUUUCAUUCCCCAAUUAAUUUUCCAUUUUUUAGUUGAAUUUUAGUUAUCUUCUGGCUCCAUCUGCACCAUCUGAUCUGUCUGUGUGCUGUAGUCAUCUGAAAAAAACCCAGCAUGCUGUCAUGCAGGUAGCAUUUGUACUGAGCUAUCUUUACCCUCAGACUCCACUGAAUUGUUUAGUCUUGCACCUUUAACUAACACUUUCUUGCGACAACACAUUAGUAUACUCACCUUUCCUCCUGGUAUAUAAUUUUCUCAUAUUUCUUAGUAAAAAGGUUGCAGCAGUUCUGAUCUCACCUAGGUAAAGGGACACUCUUCUGACUUAUUCUGAAGUGCAGUGAUAACAUUUUUUUUCUAGUACCUCAAAAACAGAAGUAGUGAAUCUUACCCAGGUUACGCUGGCUGUAUCUCCUGCUCUGACUCCAGAUAAGUUAUGUAUCAGUGUAAAGUUUCCACGGCACUACUCAAUAAAUACAAUGCAUAUGUGUA